GAACUACGCUAGCUGGAUAAUACACACUUAUAAAGUAGUACUGUAAUCUAAAUAUUUUGAAGGGCCCUCAGGGAACAAAAAGAAAAAUGGUAGACGAAGGAACAGCGAAUUGCGUAGACAUUUUGAUUGCUAUCCUCUUGCCACCACUCGGCGUCUUCCUUAAAUUUGGUUGCAGUGUGGAGUUUUGGGUAUGUUUGGUGUUAACGGUCUUAGGGUACGUUCCGGGGAUCCUAUAUGCUGUCUAUGCCAUCACCAGGGAGAUGUAAGCUCUCUCUCUCUCUCUCUCUCUAUAUAUAUAUAUAGUAUAUAUUUAUAUAAUAUUCGUGUGCUUUUAAGGUUUUUUCACUUGUAGUUUCUUUUGUCAAGAACAGCUGUAA